AUGGGUCGAGCAGAAGGUGACUUCUCACGCCCUCAUGGUUGGACAAAUUUUACGAUGUGUUUUACUCGGGAAGUUGUUGAAAUGAUGACUAAGCUCACCAACGGAUCUCUUGUUAUAGCUCAAGAAGUAGCAAGGAAUGCUCGUAAAUUAGAAUUUGUUGGUCUUGGCUUAUCGCUCAUUUCUUUGCUCAUAUCAAUCGCUAUUUUUUCUUACUUCAGGAGGCUUCGGGUAUUUAGGAAUUUAUUGCAUUUACAAUUAAUGAUUGCCAUAUUAAUGGUUGUUGUAAUUCGCCUUAUCCUCUACAUCGAUCUUAUUUUCACUGAUCGUCUUGGACCACAUCAUCUGGAUAGUAAUAAUGGAAAAACUAUAAAUACUACGGUAUUUUUAUGUGAAGCGAUGUUUUUUAUGCUUGAGUAUUUCAAAACUGUUGCAUUUUGUUGGAUGUUCCUUGAGGGAUUCUAUUUGCAUAAUAAACUCGUCUUUACAGUAUUUGCAUCCGAACUACGUCUCACACGUUAUCUUAUAGCCGGAUACGGUUUUCCACUGGCACAAACAUUUCUAUGGUUAGCAGUAAUAUUUAUGAAGAAACAAGGAAAAGUGGAUCGAUGUCUUGGACCAUAUUAUCUUGAACCGGAAUUUUGGCUUUUGGAUGGGCCAAGGAUGUUUGAAUUAGUUGUAAAUUUAUUUUUCAUAUGCAAUGUAAUUCGAGUUUUAUGGACAAAAGUAAGCCAAUCACGCAAUACGAGUGAAUUAGAUAGGAUGAAGAAAAGUGUAAAAGCAGCACUGAUGCUAAUCCCACUAUUAGGUAUUCCGAAUAUUAUGCAAACUAUACCAUUCUCGCCAACUAAAGAUAAUAUUGUAGUAAGUUGA